UCAAAAACGUGGACCAGAGGACAGGGUUGGCUGUGAUAAAAUCUGUGCCCACCUCCCUGCCCAGGACACAUGAGGCGAUAUGGGCAGCAGCGUUAUUGAAAAAAGCCCCUACAGAAGAGUGUGACGAUAGUUCGGCCGUUCACAGUAAUGAAUCAUCUUGCAGCUUGCCAUCUAUUCUGAAUGACAGUAGUGGAAUAAAGGAAGCGAAACCCACUCUAUGGCUCAACAGUGUUCUUACAAGGGAACAAGACGUUUCAAGUGGCUGCGGAGACGAGAGCAAGGAAGAGAGCAUGGCAGCAAAGAUUCCAAUCACAGAAACAAAAGCCUACCAGUUGCUGAAGUGGUCUACCCUUCAGGAUAAUACAAAUCAAACUGAAGACAGGUUCCAAAAGGCAGAUGCUUCUGCAUCACAACUGUCAGGUGACUGCCAGUUAAGAAUCAGACUUGAAGCAGAAACAUCCAAGGCUGAAGUCACCCAGGGGGCAGAGGUCAAGGAUUGCCCUGCACGCUGAUAGCAUCAUGGGAACAGUCUGGUUCCCCUGGC